UCGAGUGAAAUGUCUCGACGGCUUGAUUGACUGAAGUGUGCUGCGACUUCUGCGGAUAUACUCGCUUGUGUUCCCGCCAUGUGGAUCUGAGUCACGUAGUUCAAUGGUGGGCAGCUUAGUGGUGUCACCCGUGUGUUUUCAUGACAGAUUUUCGAUGUGUCGCGGCGGUUUACCGAACCGUAUUAUUUGUUGAUUCGUUCCUAUUACGUAUGUUUAACGUGUAGAGUAGAAAAAAUGAUGACGGGUGCACCUCAACACAUAGAAAUUUUCGUAACACAUGUUGCAGAAGAUGGACCAUUGUUAAAAAUAUGGGGUCAACUUGAUAGAUCCGCAGCCACUUUUGUGGAAAGGUUGAUUCUCCAGUAUACUGAACAGUUUGAACGGGGUAUUGGUGUGGUGUAUCCACCUUCGUUAAGUGUGGAUCAAUUGUGUUGUGCUAAAUAUGGAGAAGAUGGAGUAUAUUACAGAGCGCGAAUUGCAGAUCUUUCUGCUGUUCAGCAAGGUUUUGUUCGUGUGAAUUUUAUCGACUAUGGAAAUUCGGAUAUGGUAGAAAUUAGUAACAUAAGAUCAUUACAAUUCAUUGCAUCAAGUCCAUUAUGUUCUGUUCAAAAUCAAGCUACAGAGUUUGCCCUAGCUGGUGUUGUACCUCCCAUGGGUGUUAGCUGGGAUCAAGCAUCUGUAGAUUUUAUAAGAGAAAAAUUAUGUUAUGGUGAAUUCAGAUGUGCUAUUGUAGCCCAAAUAUCUGGACGGAGGUUGAUAACUUUGUAUUAUCAUGAUACAGAUUUUUCGGAAAUUCUUAUUCAGAAAAAACUAGCUAUUCGUAUAACUCUUCAUGCACAGCAAGCAAUGUUUCAAAAUCUACAGUAUCAAUACAGUAAAACAUCUUCGUACAACUAUAAUGUGCCACCUCCCACUGUGCCUGCUACCUACUCAAGCAAUGCCAAUUUGUUAGUUAAGACUGCUGCUAUCACCAAACAAGAAUCUGGAGUAAUAUCAGCACCCAUUUUAAGUGUUGGUUCUAAGUAUAUUGUAUAUAUUUCAUAUGUGGAAGAUGGACCUAAUUUAUUUGCUAUUCAAUUAAAAGCAACUGAAAAUAUUUUACAGAAUAUGACCCAAACUUUUUCUCAUGUACCGUUAAAGCCCUUUUCUCAAUCGCCUAUUCCUGGAUCUGCGUGUGUAAGUUUGUUGCCUCAAGCAAAAGUGUUGUGUAGGGCAGUUGUUACUAAUUUAAUGGAAAAAGAAUGUUUAGUAUAUUGUGUAGACUUUGGUAACACUGAAACUGUGCCAUUUUCUCAAAUAUAUGAGUUGCCCUCACAGUUUUUGCAAACAAAAAGUUUGGCUAUGCGAUUUUGUUUAGCAGGUAUCCAAAAUACAAACUUCGAUGAGAAAGCAAAGAGAUUGUUUCAGGAAUUGGUAACAGGUGAAACUUUAACUCUUGAAGUAGUAGAACCAGAAGGUCCACCCCUCAAACAAUAUGGAAAUAUUUAUUUAAAUGGUGAAAAUAUUCUACAAGUUUUGAAAGAAAAACAGAGAGAAUUUGAAAAAACCAAAGCAUAUCCUCCACUUCCAGCAAUACAACCAGGAAGAGUUGUGAAUGUGACAGUUUCGUAUGUGGAAUCUGUUGAUAACUUUUAUGUGCAGUAUGAAGCAAAUGCAAAAUCCCUUCAAAAAAUUAUGAGCACUAUGGUGGAUUAUUGUACAAUUAGUGCAGCGAUGGUAAGACCAAAUGAAUUAUACAUUGGCAUGCCAGUGUGUGCUCUGUUCUCUGCUGAUCAACAGUGGUAUCGAGCAAGAAUUCUGUCUGUGGCUGGAGACCAAAUAACUGUAUUCUAUGUUGAUUAUGGGAAUACUGAUACUGUAAGUUUAGUUUCAUUGCGGCAAAUGGAUUCAAAUCUUUGUCAGGCACAGGCGCAAGCAGUGGCUUGUAGUUUGUCUGGUUAUGAGGCUCUAUCAACAUCUAUUGAAGAUGUAUCCAAUAAGUUUGAGGAAUUGACAUUAGAAAGAAAGUUAACUAUGAAGAUUGUGAAUCGUUUAUCUAGUGGAAAACUAAUUGUCGAACUGCAUAACACUUCAGGGGGCCCUAUUGUUAACAUAGCCCAUCUGCUCUCAGAACCUGUCAAGAAUCCCUAUGAAGAAACGCCAAUAGAUGAAAUUAUUUAUUGUAAUUUUAUGAUCUAUAGAAAUAUUAAAAAUAUAUUCAUUUAUGUGUAUAAACAUUUGUUCAGAUCAGCACGGAAGUUCAAGGACACCAAACACAAGAAGUACUUGCCAUCCAGGAGUCCAUUUCCAAAGUUUGGCAAACUAGAAGAUGGAAGUGGAGAAGGUUGGAAAGGAGAAACUAAAAAGAGCAGUUCCUGGAAUGAAUCGCGAGAUACAUCAAAGAAGUGGGGAAAUAGAGAUGAUAAAAAUUCAAAUGACAGGAAAUGGGGUAGAGGUGAUCAUAGUGGUGAACAAAAAAGAUGGGGUAAAGAAGAACCAGAUGAAAGUAGUGGAUGGGAAAAUCGUGAAGAUAGAGGAGGAAGCGAGAAAUGGGAGAGUGGGGAUAGGAGAAACAACGACAAGAACUGGGAGAGAAAGAGUUUUAAUAGAGAUGGUGGUGAUUGGAAAGAUAGAGAAAACAAAAGGUUUAGUAGAGAUGAUGACUGGAAGGACAAAGAAAAUCACAAAAGAGAAUUUAAUAAAGGAGACUGGAAAGAAAGAGACAACAGUAGAAGAGGUUUUAAUAAAGAGAGUGAAGACUGGAAAAGUAGGGAUAAUAAAAGAGGGUUUGGAAAAGAUGGUGAUGAUUGGAAAGAAAGUGAUGAUAAAAGAGGGUUUGGCAAAGAUGGUGAUGAUUGGAAAGAUAGAGGUAACAAAAGGGGAUUCGGCAGAGAUGGUGAUGAUUGGAAAGAUGGUGAUAACAAAAGAGGAUUUGGCAGAGAUAAUGAUAAUUGGAAAGAUAGAGAUAACAAAAGAGGAUUUGGCAAAGACAGUGAUGAUAGAAAAGAAAGAGAUAACAGGAAAUUUAGUAGAGAUAAUGAGGACCGAAAUUGGAGAAAACGUGAUAAUCAAGGUCAGGAAGAUAGGAAAUAUUGGGCUCAUGAUGAUAGAGGUGAACCUGAAAAGAAAUGGAAUAGAAAGGAUGAUGGUGAGGAUCAACGGAAAUGGGGUCAUGACAAGCGAAAUUCAAAUACUGGAGAAUUUAAGAAAUGGAAUAAUGGGGAUCGAGGAAAUAGAAGAAACACUGAAUCAUGGAAAGAUCAAGGUGCUGCAGCAUCAGAAAAUUGGGGUGCAAGUAAUAUUGCAAGCAAAACUGAAGAAGAUUGGAAUGAUGGUGGUACAUCUACUUUUGCGGCAGGAGUCAAUAAUUUGGGUAUUGGUGCUAAGGUGUAUCCUGAUAGUGUCAUAAUCAUUGGAACAAAAGAAAAUGUUACACUUGUGUCUGCUGAUGAUCCUACAAAUUUUGUAUUGCAGGCAGACAAAAGGAUUGAUGAUCUUACAAAAAUGAUGGAGAAUAUAUCAACAGUGUAUGAAUCUGGAGGAGCAGUUAUUCCAGAAGAUAAUCAGAAAGUUUUAACUCCCUGUAUAACUCGUUAUUCAGAAGAUAAUGCAUGGUAUCGUGCUGUAAUUGCAAAUGCUCCAAGUGAAGGUGUAACAGAAGUUCGUUUUGUGGAUUAUGGAAACCAUGAAGCAGUACCGUUAAGUGAUAUAAAAGAAGUUGUACCUGAAUUCUUAAACAUUCCAUUGUUUGGAGUUUCAUGUAGUUUGUUUGCUGUAAAGGUUCCUGUUACCGAAUGGUCAUCUGAUCAGGUCACAGAAUUUCUUACUCUAACAGAUGGGAAAAAACUAGAAGCACACUUUAUUAAGAAAGAAGGGCCACUGUUUGAAGUUGUUUUGUUUGAUACUGAGGACCCAAGUUCGUCCAUUAAUGAAAAGUUUGGUGCAUUAAAAGCAAGUAUUGAAGAAGGAAUGUCCAAGAAGACCGUUAAGCAAGCUCUUCCACUUCAAAAGUCAGCUUUUAAACAUUCAGCUGAAACAGAAAUAGUAUAUGCUAGUUCAGAUGACAGUUUUGCUACUUUUGAGUUUACUUCAAUGGAAACAGAUACUGUGUCUGUGACUUGGUUCAUAAAUCCUGGCCAGUUUUUUUGUCAGCGCAACUCAACGAGAGCUGAAUUUGUAUCCAUGGUGAAUGAUAUACAGACAUCUUAUAAAGGAAGGGCACCGUACAAAGGAGAGCUGUCUGUGGGAUUCCCUGUCAUUGCUCAGUUCCCUGCUGAUAAGGUAUUAUAUAGAGCAGAAAUUAAAGAAAUUAUAGGAUUAAAGUAUCAAGUUCAGUAUAUUGAUUAUGGAAAUAUGGAACUCCUUGCUUCAAGUAAUAUUUGGCCCAUAGAGAAACGAUUUAUGGUACUUCCUAAGCAAGCAAUUGAGUGCUGUGUGAGUGGAAUAAAUCCAAUUGAGUCAGAAUGGCCCAAAGACUGUGUGGAAUUCGAUAAACUUUUUGGUGCGGAGAAUUUAGAAUGCACUUUCUACGAUAAUAAAGAAGGAAAACAUUUAGUGACCUUACAAGUCAAUGGUAAAGAUAUAGCUGAAGAACUUGUAGCAUGUGGUCUGGCGCUUCGUAAAGUUGAGGAAAAAGUUAUUUCAGAAGAAAAACUGGCUUUGAAAUUAUUAAAAGAGCAACAAAUUCCUGCACAUGUUUCAUUUAUUGAAAGUGUAUCAAAGUUCUUUGUGCACUUGGAUCCUGUUGUAGCCAAAAGCAUUCAGGACAAGGUGGAUAAGCACAUGUCAGAAAAUAAGGAUACUGCACUCCUUCUGCAAGCAGAUAUGGUCGAUCAUCAGAUGUGCCUAGCUACACCAGAUGGGAAUCAAUGGUACCGAGGAAAAAUCAUUGAUACUUCUGGAACUGUAGGUGUAUGUGUUACUUUUGUUGAUUUUGGAGACAGUGAUGACAUUCCAGUUGAUAAGAUUCGCCAAAUUCCGGAAUCAUUAAUGGGAUUUAGGCAUCAAGCUACAGAAUGUUUUGUCGCGGGUUCAGAAGUAAGUGAAGUUGGCAAAGAUGUUGAGGAAACCUUCAAAGUGGAAGUGGAAGCCCAAGAUGUCAUAUUAAGUAUUGGAGACAUUGUAAAUGAAAGAUUGUCUGUCCAUCUUUUUGACAUUGAAGGGCAAGGGCUUGAAAUUUUGAAAAAUGUGGAUACAUCUUCCCCUUUGGAUGUUGAACCAUUAUGUCCUAUGCCUAUUUUGGUUCAUACACUACGAAUGUGGGUGUCGCAUGUAGAGACGUUGAACGAGAUAUGGUUGCAAAAGGAGAGUGAAGCUGAGAUGUUAAGUGGUUUACUAGAACUGUUGUUCAAUUUUUAUGAAGAAGGUAAAGGAGUUGAGUUGGGUGAUCCACAAGAAGAUCAGUUGUGUGCCGCAAAGUCUUCCAAAGAUGGUAGUUGGUACAGGGCAAGAGUGAAAAGUGUAACUGAUGAUCAAAUUUCUGUUGUUUAUAUUGAUUAUGGAAAUUCUGAAACUUUGGCAAAAGAUGAUGUCAAAGAACUGUGUCCAUCAUUCUAUCGUGUACAUGCAUUGUCAGUAUGUGCAUCUCUGGCAAUUACCACACAGGACCAUGAAACAAGUUUGGCAGAAUUUGAGAACAUUACUGCUGACACUGUGUUUGACGUUUCAUUUGUUAAGGAUUCAGAAAAUAAAUGGUUGAUACACAUGGAGAAUGAUGACACAAAUGUAAUUCAUCAUCUUGUUAAGUCUGGCAUGGGUUCUGAAACAGAGUCCUUCUUCCUUAGUAAACAAGUUUCUCUUCCAGAGAAUGAAAAGAUUGAUGUGAGCAUUUCCCAUUUUGAAUCAAGUUCUGAGUUUUGGGUGCAAAUGGAUUCUAAUUUCUUGGACAUUUUAGAGUUGCAGUCAACUUUGCAGUGCAUCAGUUCUAGUCAGGCAGUAUUGUCAAGUGUUGAAGUGGGAACUGUGUGUGUUGCCCAAUUUUCAGAUGAAGCAUGGUAUCGUGCUAAAGUUGUAGAAAUGAGCGAGACUAGUGCAAAAGUCCAUUUCUUGGACUAUGGAAAUGAUUAUGAAACAGAUCCAAAAUUUCUUAGAAAACUGCCAAUUAAAUUGUUCCGCUGGCCACAUUUUGCUGUUAGAUGUCGUCUCUCAAAUGAUUCAUUUUUAGAAAAUAAAGAACUGUCUCAGACAUGUUCAGAAAUUUUGUCAGACACAGAAGCAGUAUUUCAAUUGCAAGUUGUUGGAGGCAAUGAUCCUGUUCUAGUAUCUUUAUUUGUGGGAGAAAAAGAAUUGGAGAAAGCAGUAAUUGAAAGAAGAGAAGCUGAGAGCAUUGCAGCGACUACAACUGCUGCAACUGAACCAGAUGUUGUGAAAAGCGAAACUGUUUUUGUAUCUCAUGUGACUUCUCCUGCGAAAUUUUGGAUUCAAAGGGAAGAUGCAUCUUCUGAAUUGCAAAAUUUGGCGGAUCUUCUUAUACAAUCUGCUGAUUUUGAACCUGUCAGUGAUGUGCAAGUUGGGAAUGUAUAUGCAGCUCUUUUUGAAGAUGAUGAACAGUGGUACCGUGCCAAGAUAAUGGAGCUUUGUGAUGACAGCUAUAGUGUAUUAUUUGUUGAUUAUGGCAAUUCUUCUAUAGUUUCUGAUUUGCGAAUUUUGCCCGAGGAAUUAGUGUCUAAACCUUUUGUGGCAAAGUGUUGUCAAUUACAGCUUCCAGAAGGUGUAGAAUGUUGGUCAUCAGAAGCUGAUAAAAAGUUUGUUGAAUUGGUUGGAGAUGGUACAGAGACUUUUCAGAUGAUUGUCUUAUCUGCGGGUGAACCUUCUGAAGUUCAGUUGACCUGUAAUGAUAAUGAUGUAAAUGAAAUGCUGGGUAAACUUUGUGUUUCUUGUCCUAAACCCCCUAGUGAGGGAGAUUUGUUUGCCACAAUUGUUCACGUAAAUAAUCCUUGUGAAUUUUGGAUCCACUGGCAGACAGAAGCCUCUAAAUUAGAAUUGAUUACAGAUAAACUAAUUGAUGCUGAAAAUUUUGACCCUCUCGAAGAGUUUACUGAUGGACUACUGUGUGUAGCACAGUUUCCAGAAGAUGAACAAUGGUAUAGGGUGAGAAUUAUAUCAUGCCAAGAGCAAAGAUUUGAAGUCCUUUUUAUAGAUUAUGGUAAUACUGCCUUGGUUACAGAAGUACAUAGCAUUCCAGAAGACUUGGGUUGUAUCCCUCCGUUAGCUAAAUGUUGUUCAUUGCUUUUGCCUGAAGGUUUAGAAAAGUGGCCUGAAAAAGCCGAAGGAGAAUUUAUUAACAUAUUUGGUGAUGGUACCAACUCCUACAAAGUUACAAUACAUCAGGACAGUGAUCCUUUGGUCAUAAGUUUAGAACUGAAUGGAAGUGAUGUGACUUAUAUGUUGCAGAAGUGUUGUGAAGAAGCUGGCUCUGAGAAGUUGAAUCUCCCAGAUGUUUCACACACAAGUAGUUCAACUGAAGUGGAAAUACUUUCUGAAACAGAAGUCAUUAUUGAUUCAGAAAGUGCAGAAGUUAUUGGCUCAGAAAGUGCAGACAUUGAUUCAGAAGUUAUUAGUGCAUUGCAUGAAGAGAAAACUAAUAUGGUGAAAGAAAAUCCCUCUUUAAAAUUAGAAAAUGAAGAAUGUGAUCCUGAAAUGUCAGAUGAAAUAGCAAAGGAAAUUGUAAAAGAGAUGGUUGAAAAUUCUGUGAUGGAUCAAGGGGAACAACAAAUUUCGGUUGAUUAUGAUGAACAAAAAUCUGAAGUCAGUGUGCUUCCAAAUAGUGAAACGAAGGAAGAAAAUUUAAUUACAAAUGAUAAAGGAAAUGAAAUCCUGGAAGCACAUGAUUAUGAUGUAAAUGACUUUGCUGAAACUUCAAUAACAGGUGAGAAGGAAAUUGAGACUGAAAAAUUAAGUGUACCCAAAGAGAAGGAUGUUUCUACUGAAUCUGAAAUUCUUUCUACAGAAUCUGAAACUUUUGUAACCCCAAACGGUGAACAGUUUUCUACUAAAAAGAAUGAAGCAACAAAGCACACUUUAGAGCAUAGCGAGCAAAUAAUAAAAGACUUCAGUGUUGAAAUGCAAAUGCCUAGCAAAGUGACCUUUACAGAAGGGUCUCAAGGUGCAGUGGGUAGCCCAUUGCGAAAAUUGUCUCAUGCUGAACGAAUUGUACCAGGAAGCAUUUCAAGAGGACUGUCACCAACCGAGUUAGAAACAUCACCUGAUAAAACUAUUCGACAGUUCCAAGAACACUUAGAGGGUACAUUAAAAAAGAUGACUGGUUGCGAAGGGUCAGUUAAUGAUAAUUUUAAUAGUGGAGAAGUUAGUGAAGUAGCUCCUAAAACUGACAGAGCAGAUGAAACUGAUCAAAGUAAUAAUCAGUUGAAAGAACAUCUAGAAGGUUCUUUGACAGAUCUGCCAGAUUGUGAAGGGUCUGUUAGUAACUGUGAUUCUAAUAGUAUGGAAGUUAAAAUAGCUCAUGAAGAUCAACUUGCAAAUACCCAACGUAUUAAUGGGGACAAUAAGGGGACUGCAGGAGCAGAUGAAAGUACUAACAGAACAGGCCCAGCAUUGAGCAGUUCAGAACAAAAAUGUUCUUCUACUGUUGAAACUAAUACAAAUGGUGAAAGGGAAACAGAUAACAAAAUGCUUAAUGAUUCUUCUUCGUUGUCUGAUAGCCCCCAGAAGACUGACCAUGACUCAAGCGGAUCCACCACAAAUGAAAGUGGAAAUCCAGCGCUAGAUUCUUCAGAAACCAACUCUGUAAGCACAGUCUCCUCUAGCCCUCAGAAAGGUACUCAAUCAGUAGAAUUAGAAACUGAAAUGAGUGGUGAUGUGUCUGGAAGUUUAUAUGAAGACAGUGACUCGUCAGCAAAUUGUACUCUUAUCGAUAGUAAUGCAACAGAAAUGUCCAAGCAUGUUAGCGUAGAUGAAGAGAAAAUGAAAUAUAAACUGGCACAAAUUCAUACCAGUGAAGAACAAUAUGAAACUUCAAAAACUGAAUCUGAAUCUUCAUCAACAAAUUCUGUCCUAAAAGAAAUAUCACACAUUUCUCAGUCAGAAUCAGGAACAUCGUUGGUGGAGGAAAGGAAAGAGUAAAGUAAGUGAUAUUCAAGUUCAGAAUUCACAGGUAACUCAAACUUGUCUAUAUUUUUAAUUAUGAAUAAAGUUCUCUCUACUAACAUGUUGCUAUCACUGCAGUUUGAAACAUUAUUUAUAUUCUGUGGCCAUGAAUUGAAGAACAUUUCGGAACAAUAGUUUAGCAGACUAGCAACAUUCACUGUGAUACUAUUACUAUGAGAUAAGAUUUUGACAUAACUAUCCACUGUUUUGAUUUGUUUCACCCAGUAUUAGUUUCAAAAUAUAUACAUUAUUUCAUUUUAUGGUUUUAUCUGUAGAGCAGUAGUUGUAAGUGCCUACAUUUCUAAGCUGCUCAGGUGCUUUGAAUUAUUAUUAGUUUUCUUCAGUUUUGCAUAACCAAAAUUCUAAGUUACUGUUGGUCCAUUUUUGUUGAUCAAUAGCAAUAAAGGUUUUUUAUUGUAUUUUUCAGAAAUAAAAUGUUACAUAUUUAUGUAAUGUCUUAUUUGAUUUUGGCCUUGCUCCCUUUCUUUGGAUGAAAUAAAAAGGUAUGUUUCAUAUUAAUUUUGAGUGAUAAACAUUGGCUUAUUGUGAUAAAUCAGAUUGGUAGAAAGAAGCACCAAGAUAGGAAUUGUUUGAAUGGGUCCCAAACAGUCAGCUGAGUGCUAUAAUGGCGUAACUAAGACCCCUGAACACUACAAAUGUAUUGGUCGAAUUACUCAAAAUGUGAAUUAAUGAAAAUUUUAAAAAUGAAAGCCUUAGAAGAUUGUGAUCUAUCAAUCCGAAAGCUCAUGCCGUGGAUGUUCCAUGGAUAUCAUGUUCUUGCUAACAGUGAGUUGACCAUGUGUGAUGACUUUUGCAGUCUACUUUUAUAACAACUUCAGAAUUGAGCACAUGUGCAAUAGAAAUAUAUGUGCAUAAUUUUAAUUGUCUUUUCCUUGUAAUUUCAUUCAAGACUUAGGCCGUUGCCUCCCCUCACGCUUCACCUUCGGUUUGGCUUCACCUAAUUUAAUGAAAGAAAAAUAUUUUUGUGAAGUAACAAUCAAAAGUCGCAUACCAAUGGGGUUUUUGGGGGAGAGGAUAUCAAUGAUGGACACCAUUUUUUUUUCUCUUUGUUUAGUUAAGGAGUUUGGGCUUUUAUUAUUAGACCUUUUUUUAACAAUAAUUUUCAUCUUUAUCAGAUGUGUACAAAUUAAUUGGAAACUGUUGCCAUGGAUAAUUGCUUAGUGGAAACUGGCAUUUUCUUUCAGCCAGAUCUGCCCAUUAACAUGUUAAAAUCUUAUUUUUGUAUCUGUGUAUGUAGAUAAGUUGUAUAUUUAGAGCAACAUGGUGAAUGUUGAACUAGUUUUUUUAAGAAAAUGAUAUGGCCAUGUGUGUCACUGCAGAAUGGAAAUCCAAGUACACAAAAUGUCCAAAAUAUGUAUGACCUUGCCAUAGCUGAAAUUCUGAAAAUAUUUUAAAAUAAACUUGUAAACAAUUAUUGUAAAAUAUUACAAAAUACAUGUAGCAUUAGUUCCUAAAUGUAUAAAAUUUACCUUCCAUUAUUUUUCUAUUUAUUUUGGAGAUUCACCAUUGAGCUCUGUCCCCUCCCCCUUACCACUCCACAGUGUUCUUCAGGUACUCGAAUGGCAUUGGUAUGCGACUGUUAAAAAGAGGUUUUUUGUUUUAUUUUUUUCAUCUUCCAAAACAAAUUCUUUCUUUUGUUUUUUAAUUUUGAAUUGUGGCAAGCAGCUCUUCUGUAUAGGUGUAAUGUGUGACAAUGGCAUUUAGUUGGACUAGUUUGAAUUACAAGCAACUAUCGUG